AUAUUAGUAAUGUUCCUAUCGUCUUUAUUGACAGGAACCAAAGGUCAUAUAUGCUUCCAGGGCUUUUACAACAUACUUCCUCAUUUAAAAAAAAAAAAGCUCAUUAAAUGCUUGGGUGAAUUAUUAAUCUCCCACUUAACUACUCUGUAUUCAUUCUGCAGUCAUUCACAUUCACCAAGUGCUGAGUUUCAGUCAGUAAAGUUAAAACUGCUCAACUGAAACUUCAAAUGGUUAUUUAGUUUCAGGGGGUUGUUUUCAGUUAACGGAAAGGAAACUCACAGUUAGAACCUGGAGGAACUUGUACAAGGUUGUCAAUACAAAAAAAACCAAAAAAACAAAAAAAAAACUGUCUCAAAGUCCAGCCCAGCCCUUUUAAAUACAAGCAGUCAUGUUACCGUAUUUUACAGUGUAGUGCCUCCCCUGUGUAUAUGCCCCUCCUCCCUCAGUAACUACACCCUUUUAACACCACAUACCAAACACAACCAUUAAGAUCAUUUUUAUUGUAUGCUUCUGAUACACAGUUAACUAAUCACUCCAUGUGUGCAAUGUCAGGGCAAAGUGCAGCACUGUCCCAGCUCAUAUAAUGUACUAGUGUCAUUAUGGUAAGGACCAACUACUUUUCAUGAACUUCUAAUAGAGACCUGUACCUCAACCAGCAACAAGCCACUCCUCGGCACCAAGGAGAUGUGGCUUAUUUAGUAUGUUUCCCAUUCAUAUUAACCAAGUAGCAGCUGUUCUGCAACAUGUGGCUGUGGGCAUUACUCCCUGUCUCUCUGGCUGUCUUUGGCACUGUGGGCAUUUGGACUGUGUUUGCUGUAGCUGUAACAAACGGAUCAGUGAAUCUCACAGAAGGAGUCCCUUUCAUCAGUGAGUGUGGCACAUACACGCCUCAGAGCUGUCUCUUCUCCCAGAUCUGCAAUAUCUGCUCUGUGUUAGCCCUGUGGAUUGUGGUGAUCCGUUUCCAGCAGGUUAGGGACUAUGGUAAUCAUGGAAAAGCCAACAUUGUCAGCAUUGUUUUGGGAUUCAUCUCCUCUGUGGGAAUCUCUGUUAUUGGCAACUUCCAGCAAUCAGUUUUAAUGAAGAUUCACCUUCUGGGAGCAUUCCUGGCUUUCUUUCUUGGCCUGGCCUACUUCUGGGUACAGCUGUUUCUAACCUAUCAGGCUCAGCCGUCUCAGGACAGAUGCUGGGUGGGGCCUGCCAGGGCGAUGUGCUGCAUCCUCUGCACCAUCCUGGUCAUUGCUAUGAGUGUUCUCCUGAAGACAGGAUAUCGCUCCUGGGCUGCUGUGUGUGAAUGGGUCUUGGUCAUGUUCUUCUUUUGCCUGUUCGGCCUUUUUACAGCUGAGUUCAGACACAUUGACUGCCACCACCUCACUGUCCAGAACCAAGCUUUGAGGGGUGACUGCUGCCCUGCCUCAAUAGAAAUGAAUGGUUAUGUUGUAAAUUCACUCAGCUGAACACACAUACACAUACAUAAACAUACACAUACACAUACAACUGCAUACAACUGCAUGUGGUUCAGACCUCUUAGGCUACCCACAGUUGCUAUAUUAACUGUCAUACCUGUACACUAGAUUAAUAAUGUAUAUAUAUUCAAUUACUGUAGAUAAUAUUGCUGCUUUAUAGUGUCUUUCAGUCACUGGGUAGUUUCUGAUCUGGCUAUUUAUUAUAUUUUUAUAUUGUAUUUUGAAAGAUUCAAUUACAGAUCUGUUUGAUAGCUGUAUAUUUGAAUCUCUCUUUUCUAUUUUUUUUCUCUUACUUUGUCUCAAGUGUAAACAUAAAUAUUUACAAUUAACUGAGUUGAAAGGAAACACAAUAGUUCAAAUCACUGCAUCAGAUAGAGCUUUUGUGUUCACUGAUCCUUUGUUUUUAUUAAAACAGGAGAAAAUCCUCACAAUUACAAACCUGGAACUAGAGAGGAGUUGGCAUUGUUGCCUACAAAUGCCUUAAAGGAUCAAUCAAUCAUCAAAAUAGUUUAAUAUUUUUUCAAUCAGUUGCCUAAUCAGUUAAUCAACUAAUCAUUUAGAUCUAAAAAUAAUAGGAGUUGCAUGUAAUUGGACAGCUCUGAGCUUCUAAAGCUUGACUUGGCUCAUACAGCAGUAAUUACAUACUAACACAUGGUGGCACCAUCUAACUGUCAUUCACUCGCACAAUUUGAACUCUAUUCAAAUAUCACUCCCUUAUAUAGAAGGUUAAAUUAACUGUAUAUUCCAGCUCCAAUCGUGACUAAAAAUAGCAUCCAUUGUAAUUUUUUCUGAUAUGUUUCCUCCAGUAAAAUCCCCUUAACACUUUCUCAGCAUAGUAUUUUAUACUCAGUAUUAUAUUUUUUGUAUCCAAGUGUAAAAUGAUGUCAUGAUUAGUGCCUCGACAGUGAAUACCAGGAAAAGUCUGGUCUUUUUCAGCCUCACUCUCCACCUGUCAGCUGGGUCAUACGAUAGAGGAAGGGGAGCUGAAAAGGAGGAUAGAGGUGUGAAGGAAAUGAUGGGCUAGCAAGAGAAAGAAAAAAAAUUCCUUAUGACAUAAUGCAUAAUGAAAACUGAUACUCACUUUUAGAUAUAUGCUUUUAUUUUGAAGCCCUUUGCAAAAAUUACUGAUCAACGCACUAUGAUACCAGUGAAAAUUCAUGUUAUUCCAGUUCAGCUGGGGAGUUGGUCUUAAGAUCAGCGCUCUACAAAACUAAAGAUUCUUUCUUUAUUAUAAAAUCUUCUCUGCAUGCUGAAAAUGCCCUUCAUAUCUUCAGAAACAGCACUGACCAGCAGGAGCGCUUUGGAGCACCGCUGCCUGAUGAUCACUUCACUGAUGGGAAAAUGCAGCUCUGGUGCUGUGCCAGCAUGUUUUUGGAAGAUGCUUCUGGUUGAGACAGAGGUUCUACAUUCAGCACAAUUUGUCAGGGCUAUUUGAGAUGGACAAAACAAUGGAGCUCUCAUAGCAAUGCAGAUAGUGGGAGAGGUCCUACUCUUGGCUCCAACGCUCAAAAACUGUUUCUCUCAUCCAAGUUCUCUGUUUGUUUAAACAUAUUGUCUUGGGGUCUGUUGGCACUGUCUGUGGUCGCACUUUGUGAUCACAUUUUCACUUUUGUUUGUAUCUUGCAUUGAUGUCAUUAGAAAAAAUCACUGGGGGCAUGUAGGGAAGCUUGAGAUGGGAAUGCUGGGCCCCCAGUGUCCUGCUAUGUCUCAGCAGCAUUCUUUCACAUACUCCAUGCUGUGUGAUCACCAGAGGGGGGCUUUCACGAGCAGGCACAGGGAUCAGACGGACAGCUCGGAAUUCUAUGGGAAUUUCUCAAGAGCUGUUAGUUACCAGUGUUUCUGCUGCAGGCAGCAUGCAGAUUUUCUACCCACACUUGUGGUUAAACAAUGUGGUCUCGGGUCUCUGAUAAACUUGUUUACAGCAGCUGACUGGCAACAUAAACUUCAGGUUGCUCUGACCUGACAAAGUGGAUUACACCUUGCAAACAAACCUUUUUGGUUAUCUGACACAUAACUUCACCUCAGGCGGUGUGAAUAUUUUAAAUCAUUUUCAAAGUGCAGUCUGUCUUGGCUAGCAGUGUCGAAAUGACAAAAUGUUUUUGAAUUAUACAGCAGCUCAUGCAGAGGAAUUCAGAGGGAGAGCUUUGGCGCCAAAAUACCCUUAACCCUGCUGUUUUCAUUAGUGAGUAUAAAAGGCUUCUGAUAAAGAAAUAAAACUCAUAAAAUCACCAGGAGCGACGUGCAAAGACUGGGAGGCCCUUGAUGUAAAUGUCAGAAAAAGGUCUGAAUCCUCUAUUGUAGUGUAAGAGAACAUGGUUUAUGUGACACCCACCUUGUUGCUUUUGACUUUGAUUCAAGAAGGAGGUAAUAUCAGACAUGCUUUCUAGGCCUAUACUGUAAUCUCUCCCAACACCUGCUCGUGCUUUCGUCUCUCUUAUCCCCUCAACAGCUCUUGAGCAGAAACAAUAGCAAUACUUUCCUAUCAUGCAGCGGAGCAGUCGCCUCCAAGUCCGCUAUCAGACAUUGGAGUGGCUGCCUUCUGCCACUUGGCUUCUCUGCAAUAGAGCGACCUGUCAGCUCUUAUCAUCAGAGAGCCAAAUCCUGUGCAUUCCACAUCGAAAAGGCCACUUUAUCUGCAAGACAACCGGAUCUGCUAAACGGACGGGAGCGAUUAAGUGUUGGGGAGAACGGUUGGUGAGUGGCGGAGGGAUAGGGACAGGGUGAGAACGAUAAGAAGAGAGAUUCGGAUUGUCCAGAAAUGAGAGAGGGAGAUCAUAGGGACAGGCAACAGAGUCCCAACAAGAUGGACUGAAUGAUAGAGACAGAGGAGAGAGAAAAACGAAGAGUGGGCACCAGCAGCCGUGAUCUCACCCUCCUCUCCUCUCCUUUGGCAGCGGCUUCCAGAAAGCUGCCCUUUCGCUGAAAAAUGCCAAGCACACCGCAUUCCACCAGCCACACAAAGGCCCUCCCUCGUCUCAGCUGCACAGGCACAAUCAGACAAGGGAUAAUUAUAUAAUUAGGCUGGCUAGUGCAGACAGGGACCCUCAGAUGGUGUGUUGGUGUGUCAUAUUUAUGUUAUCAGACAAUGAAGAGAGUCUGGCCUUAUCAGAGGAGGCAGCAGAGUGUGUGGGGGGCUCCAGCUGUAGCACUUAGGAAUGGAUUGUCACGACAGAGAAUAACGAGUCGAUAGAAUGACCUUCAGCCUGUGGCCCAGCUGAGAUCAGGGCAUGUAUUGUGGCCGAGCCUUGGUGUGUAAGUGUUUGUGUGUGUUGGGAUCCUGCAAUGUGUGGAGGAAGAGGGGACUUUUUGGGGCUCCCACAACCAAAAACUUGUCCAAGCUGCCAUGCUGUAGCUGUGCCAACAGAUAUGAACACUCUGAGAUGCAGUAUAGUACACAUUCACAUUCAUGCAGACACACAGAAACACAGUAAAUCAGCGGCCUGCAGCCUUUUUUGUCUGAUGUACCCUCACACCCCUGUCUGAACCAGGUACUGAAGUUAUGCUCCAAAUGUAUUCAUUUGAAUGGAUAAACUGGAUUUUUAACACUAGGCUAUACAUUAAUAUAUAUUAUACUGUAUAUAUUAUAUAAAAGUGGAUAUUGUUACAAUACUUUUUUCAUGCAACUGAACUUUCAAUGUCAUUUGGUGAAGAAUUACAUUUGAAAUGGCAGUGUUGGACAUUUCAGCUAUUUAUUCAUUACUUUUUUUAAAGCUAGCUAAUUAAGCUCAUUUCAAUUAUGUAGCUUUAGUAAUAUAUAAUUAGUAACUACUUCAGCUACUACUUCAUGUGUAGAUCCAUACUUCAACUAUAAUUUUAUCCAUUACUUUCAGGAAACUGUUUACAUGUCUCUGCUCACUUGCUAACUAACUACUACUACUUUGCAUUCUGAACACAAGAUGUUAAGAUGUUACCACUGACUCAAUUCAUGGAUAUGUCAAAAAAAGAAA